CUCGAGGUUACAGAGUAAUGAAGCUGGCCGCCUCGUUCUUCGCUAGUCUCUGCCUUUUGGCCGGGCUACACCCCGUCCUCGCUGCUGUUACUCAAAUCGGGACUGCAUGUACCGUCACACCCCUCUCCCCAACCCCCGUUCCGCCGGGCGGUCGUCCACCGGACGACACCCCUCAAUUCCGCGACGCCUACAGCCGCUGCGGCCGUAACGGCUCCAUCACGUUCACCGAAGGCAACUUCUACAUCGGCCAAGUCAUGGACGUCACCCUCCAAAACUGCGAAAUCAACAUCCUCGGCACCAUCACCUGGAGCACCGACAUUCAGUACUGGCUCCGAAACAGCAUCGCGGUCACCUACGCCCAGAGGCACACGGCGUGGAGGAUCAGUGGUACGAACAUCGCGAUUAGGGGCCAUGGCAAGGGUUUAUUGUUCGGAAAUGGCCAGACGUGGUACGACCAGAAUCGGAACCAGGGUAACCAAAUGGGAAGGCCUAUUUCGCUCACCAUUUGGAGGGCGAACAACGUCUUCAUUGAUGGGUUGACCUGGAGGCAGCCACAGUUCUGGAACACAUUCGUUGCUUACUCGCAGAAUGUGACCAUGACCAACCUCGAUAUGGAGGCCAAGUCCAACUCUCAGUGGACCACGGUCAAUACCGACGGCACCAACAUCUGGAACUCUCGCGACAUCUACAUAUCUAACUGGACCGUCUACAGUGGCGACGAUUGCAUCUGCGCCAAAGGCAACACCACCAACAUGCACGUCAAGGACAUCACCUGUUACGAGUCUGGUGGAAUGGUCGUGGGCAGCAUCGGUUCCGUCGCCUCCCAACCCGACUUUGUCGAGCACGUCCUCUUCGAAAACGUGCGCCUCAACCACAGCAGCAAUGCCGCCUGGAUCAAGACCUACCCCGGCCAAGGCUACGUCAACAACGUCACCUUCCGCAACAUCCAGUUCAGCGACGUGAACCAGCCUAUCUACAUCACCUCGUGCAUCUACUCCGGCCAGAACUGCGAUAGCUCGAGGUUGAAUAUCAGGAAUGUGAGGUGGGAGAACAUCACCGGGACGUCGAGGUAUAACGUUGGCGCGGGGAUGCAUUGUAGUGCUUCGUCUCCGUGCCAGAACUUGACGUUUACGGGCAUUGAUAUUAGGCAGUUCAAUGGGGGAGGUCCGGUGAAGAACUUUUGCUCGAAUAUUGCGAACCAGGCGACGAUGGGGCUCAGGUGCGAUGGGCCGUGUCCGGGCAAUUGGCCCCAGCAGUUGAACGGAAACAGAUAG